AUGAGACCAGCACUUCUCCACACAGCGGUCUACACACGGAAUAAAAACCUCUUCGACUGGCUGCUCGACGACCUUAGCACGGCAACGACACUACCUGCUCUUCAGGAAGCCAGUGUUCAAAAGUGGGAUCUGGAAGACGGCCAUUCUUCUUACUUCGAACGUCGUCUCAAGGCUCGUAGUGAGGAAUUAGGGAUAGAUCUUAGCGGCUUUGUAGAAAGUUGGAAAAUGUAUACGGCAAAACAAGGACAGAGUAGCGACUACCUGGCGAAAGACCUAACCCCUGACGGGAUUCACAGCGAUAUGGAGGAUUGGGGUUUCUAUAACGGGUACAUAGUAGACGCUUCCCAGGUCGAAUUGUGGGCAUCAGCACCUGAGUCGUGGCGCCCAGACUGGUGGAAAGUUGAACUAGACUACGAGGACUGGCCAAAAAGUGAAGGCCUCGCGAGUAACCUAGCAUCAACAAGUCUCUAG